AUGUUCGAAGCCUGUAUACCGAUAACGCGCGAUGGUGUGCACUACGUACGGUGGAUACAUACAUUGUUUGGAGCCUGCAGAUACGGAAGUAGAGAUGCGAUAAGUUUUCUAUUAGGAUAUGCAUCAAUAGCAUGUUGGCUAAAUGCACAACUUCCGCAGGUCAUAACGAACUAUCGUAAUAAGUCGGCGGACGGACUAAGUUUUCCCUUUUUGUGCAAUUGGUUAUUGGGAGACAUAACGAAUCUGAUUGGCUGUUUGCUCACAAAACAAUUACCAUUCCAGACGUAUCUUGCCGUGUACUUUUGUAUUGUUGACCUUGGACUAUUUUUCCAAUAUUUUUAUUACACGUGGUACCGAGCCAAACCGAAAACUAAUGAUGAACAAUUCGAAAUACCGAUCAAAAGGAAUUAUCACACUUUUCCGACCCCAGCAAGGAAAUAUAAACGAAUUUCUUCGAUGGUUUUUGCCGUUCUCCUUUUUACUUUUCAUUCCACUUCAACGAUAUCAUCCUCUCUUUCCACUUCUCCUUCGGGUCAUCUUUAUUCGAAAUCGCUAUCAACAGAUAAUGACGAAUCCACAUCUAAUGCGUCUUUUAUAGGAAGAAUAAUGGCAUGGACAUGUACAGUUUUAUAUUUGACCAGUAGAAUGCCACAGAUUUGGAAGAAUUAUGUUAGAAGAUCGGUCGAAGGACUUUCGAUUUUUAUGUUCAUUUUUGCGGCUCUUGGUAAUCUCACAUACACGAUAUCAAUAUUCACCAAUCCGAUAGCGAGCUCAGAUCCCAAGUAUCUUCAUGAGGCGGUUCCUUACAUAUUGGGUUCAGUUGGAACGUUGGCAUUUGAUGUUACCAUAUUCUUACAAUGGUGCGCCUGGCGAGACCCUGGGCGUCGUCGAAGGUUAACCGGUGAUUUUGAUUAUCAAAAGUUAUCAGACGGUAAUAGAUACAGGGACUUUAGGGCGUAUAAUGAAAGAAGUGGAUAUGUAACCACAAAUUACUAG